AUGACGGGAGAAUCAGUUCAAAUAACCCCACGAGAAGCUGCAUCAGGACUGCUUGGGUCAAUAUCAUUAACCUGUUGGAUAUUUCUUCUGGUACCUCAACUCAUCGAAAACUACCGCAAUGGUAACGCAGAGGCCAUCUCCCUUCUCUUCCUCUUCGUCUGGUUCGUCGGCGACAUCACAAACCUCGCCGGUAGCGCCUGGGCCGGUCUCGUCCCCGUGAUUGUCGCGAUCGCCGUCUACUUCUGUAUCGCAGAUGGCGUCUUGAUCGGGCAAUGUUUAUACUACCGCGCUAGGAAUUCGCGACGUAGCGCUGCGCUCGCCGAGCACUCUACGACCACAAACUUGGAGCCCACAACGCCGCUUUUAGGCCGGAGAUCAAGUGAUGCGCUUGCUGAGGCGACAGCUGGCCGGCGACGGAGAGGUUCUAGACCUUCAUAUAGUGCUAUCCCCGGUUCCGGAGCAAAUGGUGCCUCUCAAGGGCCUGAUGAUACGCUUGCGAAACUCGUCGAGGAGAAUAGCGCAGGCCAGGGUGUCUGGUUCAAGAACAUGAGCAGUGUGUUGGCGAUUUGCGUGAUUGGGAUGGUGGGUUGGACAUUCGCCUGGCAGACCGGCGUAUGGAAGCCCGCGCCGCUGGAAGGUGGGAAUGGGGGAGUCGAUAUGGCGCCCGGAGCGCAGGUCUUGGGAUAUAUCUCUGCCAUUUGUUAUUUGGGUGCUCGACUACCUCAGAUAUAUAAGAAUUACUGCGACAAAUCCUGCGAAGGCCUGUCACUACUUUUCUUUAUCCUCUCUCUUCUGGGUAACUUGACCUAUGGCGCUGGAAUCCUCUUCCAUUCCACGGAAAAGAACUAUAUCAUUACGAAUUUGCCUUGGCUGAUUGGUUCGUUGGGGACUAUGGCAGAGGAUGUCACGAUCUUCGCACAGUUCCGUCUGUACGCGGUUCGCGAUUCGGACGCGGCCGUGGCGUGA